AUGGCGACCCGACAAGCACUGCCGCUACCAUCAACCUCACAUUUGUCGUUCUCUACCAUUUACGAGCCCGCCGAGGAUACUUUCCUCGUCCUCGAGACAUUUGAGACUCACCACGAGCAGGUCUGGCUGCGGAAACGCUUCCCGCCAGCAACCACUACUUCCACGUUAGGUGACAAAUUUGCAGUAGCACGAGGACCAGCUCCCUUGGUUUUGGAAGUCGGCCCUGGCAGCGGCACAAUCUCCGCGUUCCUCACAGUCAACGCUCGUGCAAUUUUCGGGCAACAAAUCCUCACGCUUGGCGUGGACGUGAACAUCGAUGCCUGCCUGGGAACGCGGGAGACAGUUGAGCGGAACUACGAUGCUUCUGGCAAGGCGAACGAGAUGGGCUUCUACCUUGCCAGCAUAAAUGGAGACUUGACGACAGCUGUCAAGGAUGGCGAUGUGGACAUUCUGGUCUUCAACCCACCUUACGUCCCUACGGAGGACCUGCCGGCUAUUCCUCAGCCUUCGGGGCCAGCGACCAAUCAGUCCAUACCACUAGCAGCAACAGAAACAGACCAGCCAGUGCCAGUCCACAUCGCACAGCGAGCUCGUGCCGCGGCUGCCCAGGCAAAGCACGAACGGGAAUCCCAGCUGCUCGCACUUUCUUACGCAGGCGGCCACGAUGGAAUGGAGAUCACGAACAAACUGCUUGCGCAACUACCUGAGGUAUUGAGUCGAAGAGGCGUGGCGUACGUACUGCUAUGUGCGCGCAACAAGCCUCUGGAAGUCCGGGACAAGGUCCGCGCUUGGCAAGCAGGACAUGACUGGACGUGGCAGGCUGAUAUUGUGAACGAGAGCGGCGGCAAAGGUGGUUGGGAGCGAUUGAGUAUUCUGCGGAUCUGGCGAGAUUGCGAAAACGAAAUCGACAUUGAGGCGGAAGGAGGCUGA